CCCGGGGCGGGGCGGGCUGGGGGAGGUAGGAGGAGGAAGAGGGUCUGGGCCGUGUUGCCUCCGGGACGGACCUCCGGAGAACCCGAGGGAUAGGUAAACCCGGCGCGCAGCCGGCGGGACGUUCGGCGGACGGGGUCUGGAUCCCGGGCGCGGAGCGCAUCGGCCGCGGGUCGGGCUCCUGCCUUCCGGACCAGGUUGGCCUCGGAGUCCCGGCCCACUUUCCCCAACCCAGCCUCGGACAGCCUGAGCCUCCCGGUCCCCGGCCUCCUCCCCGAGCCCCGCAGCCCCCUCCGGGAGCUGCCCGGCCGCAGGGAGGACGUCUUCCGCAGGAGGUCUGGGGGCGGCCUGACCCCGAGGGAGGCGCGCGCGUUGCACACAAGCCCGGGGGUUGGUUUGUUGGUGUGGUGGUGCCUCUCGAACUUUUGUCACUGAUACCCCAUGUUACCCCAUCACCAGAAGAGUCUGGGCAGAGACUGGACUACACCGUGGGAGAAUCUGCAAAAGUGUUGCUGGAACAGACAUAUUUCUAGUUGUAUGAGGUGGCCGGGACACUAUUCUCGUGCUCCUUACCCAUACUUCAGUAGUAGGCAUUUUUCACUAAAUUGGAGACCACCUUGUUUGUUUGAGUCUAGAACUCAGUUUCAGUACUGGAACUGGAGACCUGACAACCUGAGCCAGACAUCUUUAAUUCAUCUCUCUAGUUACAUCAUGAACUCUGAGGGAGAUGAGCCUUCAUCAAAACGAAGAAAACACCAAGGCACAAUAACACGGCAUUGGGAAUAUAUAUGUAACCAUAAUAAAGAAAAAACGAAGAUCCUAGGAGACAAAAAUGUUGACCCCAUAUGUGAAGACAGUGAAAACAAGUUUGACUUUUCAGUGAUGUCCUAUAAUAUACUUUCACAAGAUUUAUUGGAAGACAAUUCACACCUUUACAGACACUGCCGGCGGCCAGUGUUACACUGGAGUUUUAGGUUUCCCAAUAUUCUGAAAGAAAUUAAACACUUUGAUGCAGAUGUACUUUGUUUGCAAGAAGUUCAAGAAGAUCAUUAUGGAGCAGAGAUCAGGCCAAGUUUGGAAUCAUUGGGUUAUCACUGUGAAUACAAGAUGCGGACAGGAAGGAAACCUGAUGGCUGUGCCAUUUGCUUCAAACAUUCCAAAUUUUCACUCCUAUCAGUGAACCCAGUGGAAUUCUACCGCCCUGAUGUUCCUCUGUUGGACAGAGACAAUGUUGGAUUAGUGUUACUUUUGCAGCCCAAAAUUCCAAGUGCUGCCUCCCCUGCGAUCUGUGUAGCUAACACACAUCUGUUGUAUAACCCAAGGCGGGGUGAUAUUAAGCUGACCCAAUUGGCAAUGCUUCUGGCAGAGAUUUCCAGUGUUGCCCAUCAGAAAGAUGGCAGCUUCUGCCCCAUUGUUAUGUGUGGUGACUUUAAUUCUGUUCCUGGCUCUCCACUCUAUAGUUUUAUAAAGGAAGGAAAAUUGAAUUAUGAAGGACUUCCCAUAGGAAAGGUAUCUGGCCAGGAACAGUCAUCACGGGGACAAAGAAUUUUAUCUAUUCCAAUUUGGCCCCCAAACCUAGGUAUCUCACAGAACUGUGUUUAUGAGGUACAGCAGGUACCAAAAGUAGAAAAGACAGACAGUGAUCUGACACAAACAGAGCUGGAUAAAACAGGAGUCCUAGUUACAGCUGAAAAAGUAUCUUCAAAUUUACAGCACCAUUUCAGCUUGUCAUCUGUUUAUUCACAUUAUUUUCCUGACACUGGAAUUCCUGAAGUGACCACCUGUCAUUCGCGAAGUGCCAUAACUGUGGAUUAUAUUUUCUAUUCUGCUGAAAAGGAAGAUGUUUCUGGGCAGCCAGGAGCUGAAGUUCCUUUGGUUGGUGGCUUGAAACUUCUAGCUAGAUUGUCACUUCUUACAGAACAAGACUUGUGGACUGUUAAUGGGCUUCCAAAUGAAAAUAACUCUUCAGAUCAUCUGCCUUUAUUGGCUAAAUUCAGACUUGAGCUCUGACUCUUCUUUGAUUACAUUUAUACUUUGCUUUUACAUUUGUAUUCUUUUUCAAAGAAUGUAAAGUUGUUCUUAAGAGUUUGCGUGUUAUUUAUUUUUGCGCUAUGGGAUUUCUGAAGCAGUUACGCUAAACAGAUGCUAAAUGCUUGAAACAGAUAUCAGAAGAACCAAGUUUACAAUUUUCUUUUUUUAAUAAUGAAAAGUUAUUUUCCUGACAAGUGAGAUCUAAAUGCUCUUUAUUGUAAAAGAGUUGUAAAUAUUUAUUCUAAUCUCAGUAAAAUUGACAGUGAUUUUUAAAUGUAGUGGAGCUUCUUUAGUCCUCUUAGUAAAGAAUUUCAUGUUUUCAAGCUCACUGUGGAUCUAAAAUAUCUUUUUUGAGUUCUUGCAAACCACAGCUCAUUUCUCUUCUGGAAGGCCUGAUUUCAUUGGGAGGAUUAUGUUUCUUGAGUCCUAAUUAGUUCAUCUCAGAAAUCACUGGGUUGUUAACAAAUGUCCAGCCAACCAUUUUAGUUUUUAAGGGGACUUGAUAAUGCUUUUUAAAAUUGUACGGAUUGCUUAAUCCAUCAUAUUACUAUCCUGAGCCAUGUAAUAUGCCUACAUUUUACUGGCGAAGUAUAGGUCACCAUCACUAGUAGGAUGAGGUGCUGUGCACAGGUCCCCUCUCCAUCCUUAACGGACCAUUUCAGGAUGCCUAAGAGAGACAGAGACUGGGGUUGUGCUUGUGUUUCCCUAGUAAUUUUUUUUCCUUUUCUGUUGUUUCAAGAAAAGAUUCCCUGGAUUGGGGGAGAGGUUUUAUUUUACUGAAACCAGUCCUGUAGGAAUUUAUUUUAUUAGGAAACUUGUAUUUGGAGCAAAGUGGCAGCUAUAAGAUUAUUUUUAUUUUGCUUCAGAAAUAAGAGGAAGCCAGCAAAACUCUAGAGGGGAGAUACCAACUUGGAGACCUAAUACUCUAAAGCAGUAACUUUAACUGUUUUGUGUUGCUGUGGUUUCUAAACUGUUUGAUCAUAAUGUAGCAGUGUGACAUUGUGCUGAUGUUUUUUACAAAGUGGUUAAGAGCAGGUCUAAACAAAUACUGCAGUUGGCCCUGUAUGAGUGUUUGAAUCAAAAAUUUUAAAACGUAAGUGAAAAUUUCCUCUUUUUUAGACACUGGGAUCAAAGAAUUAUGUACAUUUUUACCAAGUAGUACUUUUAUAUUGAAUUAUACUGAACUAUAAAAAUUUUUACAAUGGGUUUUCUUAAUAGAAUGUUUCAUCUUAAACUAGAAAACAGGAGUUAUAGUCUUGGACUUUAAAAGGUUUUCUACUAAGGUAUUUACUACAAUUAUUAAAAAAUAAAUACUUCAGAUGAAUACACCCAGAAGGCAUGUGGGUUAUAAGGAUUUGUCUAAUAAAAACUAUAGUAAUAAGUACUUUUAACUGUUUAAUGUCUCACUUUUUUUGUCUUUACUUACAGUAUUAACUAUAGUUCUAGGAUUUUCCACAUUUUCUAGUGAGUUUUCAGAAUAUUGUGUCCUAAUUAGCAGAUAUUGUCAUCAUCAAAUAGUAACAGCAGACAGUACAUUUAUCCUCUUUUAGUACUGGGAAAAGAAUAAUGAAGAUGCAUUGAUUACUACUUUGUUUUGUGUGAAUUUAUUAAUGACUGACUUUAUAUGUCGAUAUUGAUAAACUAACAUCCCUAAAAAAACCUCUGUGAAAGUUUACUUUUUUUGUAUUCUGAUUAGUGGAUUGUGGUUUUAGGCCCUCUUCACGUGCUUCACUUUGACCGAGUUAACCCUGAUACUUUCCUGCUUUAGCUUGUAGAAGGGCAUAUUAUUUUGUGUACUGGAGGCCAGAGGGUCAGGGUAACUCACAGGUUUUUAAAGCUCCACUAAAAUUAACUAUCUACUUGUCUUUACUUCUCUUGGUCAGAAGAGUUGGUAACUCUGUUGGAGCCUUGUACUUACCUGCCAAAAGUGAUUAAAUGUGGUUAAUUGCUGAAACCAACUCUCCAGUCUCAAGUUCUAUGCUAUUCAAGUUUUCAAUAAAAGGGAUUUGUGGAGUAGUGAAAUUUUGGUUUUACUAUAGCUUUUGAUACCAGUAUGCAUGUUUGAAAUCUUGUCUUUUUUUUUUUAAUUUAGCAACUGCUUUCCCAAAAAGCUAAUUUAGAGAUCCAGAGAAUUCAAGGGGUUGGAAAAGCAGACACGUCAAGUCAUUUGCACUUUGUCCCUGUAAGUUACCUAAUAAAUUAUUGUACUGGAACAUGUGUGCCUGAAGGUUCUGUGGUAGGUGUAUUAAGCUGGCUUGUGGCUUCUUCUAAACUAUUUCAUUAUCCUUUCAGCCUUUACUACUUAGAGUGAUGCCAGAAUAUAAGUGAAUUAACAUAUGCUCAAGUAGAGUGAUGUUUAAUACAGAGUCCGAAAAUUGUGGACGAAGACAAGGGUGAGAGAGUGAUAAAUUAGUUUAUAGGACAAGUAUGUAAUAAGAGGACAA